AUGAGUCACGAGGAGGCUCCCCAGGAGGGUCACGAGAACCAAGAGGAGUACGUUGAUCUCAACGAUAUCGCCGAGGAGGUUGCCGAUGACCAUGGACCAGCUCCAGAGGACGAUAACGACGAUAAUGAUAUGGACAUGGACGGUCAGGAGGACCAGGAGGAGUCGAUAGAAAUUGAUCUUGCCAACAACUCGUGGACGUAUUUUGACCAGCACAAGGACUCCAUUUUCACCGUUUUUUCGCAUCCUUCCUUGCCUAUGGUGGUCACAGGAGGAGGCGACAACACAGCAUACUUGUGGACAACACACACACAACCACCCCGUUUUGUUGGUGAGCUUCUGGGUCACAAGGAGAGUGUGGUUUGUGGUGGCUUCACAGGCGACGGAAAGUUCGUGGUCACUGGUGACAUGAAUGGGCUUAUUCAGGUGCACAAGGCUGCCAAGGGUGGCCAGAAAUGGGUGAAGUUUGGCGAUUUGGAGGAGGUUGAGGAGGUUUUGUGGAUUACAGUCCACCCCACUUUGCCCUACUUUGCCUUUGGUUCCACAGACGGUUCUGUGUGGGUGUACCAGAUUGACGAGGAGUCCAAGUCGCUUGUUCAGAUCAUGUCCGGCUUCUCGCACACUCUAGAAUGUAAUGCUGGUGUUUUCGUGGGCACGGACAAGACGGAUGAGUUGUUCUUGGUCACUGCGUCUGAGGACGGUUCUAUCGUCAUGUGGAACGGUUUCACCGGUGCCGUUCAGUACAAAUUGCUGCCUCACGAUGACUUCAAGGGCGUGGAGAGCCCCUGGGUUUCUUUGAAAGCCCAAGGCUCUGUCGUUGCUGCUGGUGCUCGUGACGGCCAAUUGGCCAUCAUCAACCUUGACAGUGGUAAAAUCGUUCAGCACGUCAAGACAAUCGAAAACGUUGAGGAUGUUGCUGACUUGUCUAUUGAGGCUCUCGCAUGGUGCAAAAACUCUGCCGUGCCUCUUCUAGCCGUGGGUCUCGUCUCUGGAGAUGUGCUUCUUUUCGACUCUAAUUCGUGGAGAUUGAGAAAGACGCUCAAGGUCGACGAUACCAUCACAAAGCUUCAGUUCGUUGCUGACCUUCCCGUGCUUGUGGGAUCCAGCAUGAACGGUAAGUUGUACAAAUGGGAUGCUCGUACCGGUGAGGAGUUGUUCGUUGGUGUGGGCCACAACAUGGGUGUUUUAGACUUUGCCAUUACUGAUGGCGGUAAGGCCUUGGUUACUGCUGGUGACGAGGGUGUUUCUUUGAUUUUCCGUCCCGAGGCGUAA